UCUGCGGGCGCCUGGGCCAUGGGUGCAGGUUGUUGUGUGGGGUUCCGGAAGAGAAUGGAGAGGGCAAGAGCAGCACCCGUGGCAUCCCCUCCACCAAGCUGGCCUCCCCGCAUGCCUAGACUCAUCGCCGGCCCCUGCUGCUGGAGACAAGUCCCCUUCCUCCAUCCACCCCUCACGAUGUCCAUGAGGAGCCCUGUCUCUGCCCAGCUGGCCCCGGAUGGCGUUGGCACCAUGGUGAACUGCACCAUCAAGUCAGAGGAAAAGAAGGAUCCUUGCCACGAGGCCCCCCAAGGACCAGCCGCUGCAGCUGAACCCCAGACCGGAGACCCAGCCCGAGCCGCCCCGGAGGGUGCAGACCCCCAAGCUCUAGCCCAGGACUGUAGUUCUCCAGAGAGCAGUGGGUCCCCAGAACCCAAGAGACCAGGGGCUGCAGAGGCCGCUUCUGGAAGCCAGGAGAAGCUGGACUUCAAUCAAAAUUUAAAAGAAGUUGUGCCAGCCAUUGAGAAGCUGCUGUCCAGUGACUGGAAGGAGAGGUUUCUGGGAAGGAGCUCUGUGGAAUCCAAAGAUGUCAAAGGGACGCAGGAGAGUCUGGCAGAGAAGGAGCUCCAGCUUCUGGUCAUGAUCCACCAGCUGUCCACCCUGCGGGACCAGCUCCUGACCGCACACUCAGAACAGAAGAACAUGGCAGCCAUGCUCUUCGAGAAGCAGCAGCAGCAGAUGGAGCUGGCCCGGCAGCAGCAGGAGCAGAUUGCUAAGCAGCAGCAACAGCUAAUCCAGCAGCAGCAUAAGAUCAACCUCCUUCAGCAGCAGAUACAGCAGGUCAACUUGCCUUAUGUCAUGAUCCCAGCCUUCCCCCCAAGCCACCAACCUCUGCCUGUCACCCCCGACUCCCAGUUGGCUUUGCCCAUCCAGCCCAUCCCCUGCAAACCAGUGGAGUAUUCGCUGCAGCUGCUGCACAGCCCCCCUGUCCCAGUGGUGAAGAGGCCUGGGGCCAUGGCAGCCCACCACCCCCUGCAGGAGCCCUCCCAGCCCCUGAACCUCACAGCCAAGCCCAAGGCCUCCGAGCUGUCCAACACCUCCAGCUCCCCCAGCCUGAAGAUGAGCAGCUGCGGCCCCCGACCCCCCAGCCACGGGGCCCCCACCCGGGACCUGCAGUCCAGUCCCCCCAGCCUGCCUCUGGGAUUCCUCGGUGAAGGGGACGCCGUUACCAAAGCCAUCCAGGAUGCUCGGCAGCUGCUGCACAGCCACAGUGGGGCCUUGGAAAGCUCCCCCAACACCCCCUUCCGUAAGGACAUCAUCAACCUGGACUCGUCCCCAACCAAGGAGCGGCUGGAGGAGAGCUGUGUGCACCCCCUGGAAGAAGCCAUGCUGAACUGCGACAUGGACGGCUCCCGCCACUUCCCUGAGUCCCGCAACAGCAGCCACAUCAAGAGACCCAUGAACGCCUUCAUGGUGUGGGCCAAGGACGAACGGCGGAAGAUCCUCCAGGCCUUCCCGGAUAUGCACAACUCCAGCAUCAGCAAGAUCCUUGGCUCCCGCUGGAAGGCCAUGACCAACCAGGAGAAGCAGCCCUACUAUGAGGAGCAGGCCCGGCUGAGCCGGCAGCACCUGGAGAAGUAUCCUGACUACAAGUACAAGCCACGGCCCAAGCGCACCUGCAUCGUGGAGGGCAAGCGGCUUCGGGUGGGCGAGUAUAAAGCUCUGAUGAGGACCCGGCGCCAGGAUGCCCGCCAGAGCUACGUGAUCCCCCCACAGGUUGGCCAGGUACAGAUGAGCUCCCCAGAUGUCCUGUACCCGCGGGCAGCUGGCAUGCCCCUGACCCAGCCCUUGGUGGAGCACUACGCACCCCAGAGUCUGGACCCCAACAUGCCUGUCAUCAUCAACACCUGCAGCCUCAGGGAGGAGGGCGAGGGCACGGAGGACAGGCACUCGGUGGCCGAUGGCGAGAUGUACCGGUACAGCGAGGACGAGGACUCAGAGGGCGAGGAGAAGAGUGACGGGGAGCUGGUGGUGCUCACAGACUGAGCCCAGCCGAGUGGACCCAGCCCCUCCUCCCUUGGGGAAGAGCUCAUUUCCAAGCUGGUGGGCUCAGCCAGCCGCCCUGACUGUGUUGGUACUUGGACUUGGGUGUGCCCGGGAGAUGGGCACAACUGCGCACCUGUAGAUACAUUCACGAGGGGAAGUGCCCCUUCCCCACCACACCUGUGGGCACACCUGCCAGGCUGCUGGCCUGGAGGGGCAGGGCCUGUACAGUGGUGAUGGGCUGAGCUUUCUGAGCUCCUUGUCCUUGGGGCCCAUGGCCAGGGGACACUCUGUGACCAUCCCCUCCUGUGGCUCUGUCCGCCUGAGAGUCUGGCAAUUGCAGACCUGUCCCUCUGGGGUCACACACUUUGUCUCCAUUCUUGUCCUGGCUGGACCAGCCACACUGUGGGAUCAACACCCCUUCCCACAUACCCCGAGACUGCUCUGCUCCACUAUCACCAUGAUCACUUUGUACUUUGUGCAAAAGGGUCUAACUGUCUCUCUCUGUCUUCAUCUUCUGCCAAGCCUGUUGUGCCUCUGGCUGCUGCUGUGUUUGUAUGUGUGUUUGUAUGUGUGUGUCUGUGUGUGUGUGAGUUUUCAUCUGUUCGUUCAUUGCACAAAAUAUUUAUUGAGUGCCAGGCGCUGUGGCUGAGGUUCUGUGGGAGCAUCUCUCAGUGACUCUUGCUUCUCCGGGGGCCUCUUCCUGUGCUCCUCUGUGUCCCCAAAUGGCUACCUCUUUGUCAGUCCUGGGUGUCUCGGGUUCUGUGCGUCCUUGAGUGCGUCUCUCUCUCUGUCCUUCUCCCUGGGCAGGGCCUUCUGUGUUUCUCCCUUCUGGGUGUCUGUUCCUGUCCCUUUGACACUCUCUGGAAUCUCUGGGCCCCUCAGCCUGACCUCCUCCUGCCCACCCUUCACUCCCUGCUGGACUCUGCCAGGCGGUUCCCACAGAGCCAUUUUUAGCUCUGAGCAGCAUGGGUUUGUGUCUCAGCCUCCAGGGGGCUUUGUCCUGGUGCCCCAGCCCCUGAUCCCAACCUGAGUCCCAGGAGUGGAGUCUGGAAGAUUGAUGGUGGACCCCCUUCCUGUCAGUGGAAGAGGCCCUGGGGAGCUGGGCUCCUCGUGGCAGCUGUUCUCUCUUCCUCCCUCAUGAACCGGGAUGGGGGUGAGGGGCUCCCCGUUCUUGGAAGGGGCUGGUGAGACGACUGGCUCCCUCCUUUGUCUUCUCCCACCUGGCCUUGUGCCUGGCCCCAGCCCUCUCCACCCUCUCCCCUCGCCCUUCCUCCCACCCUAUGCCAGGGAAUAUGUCUCAGCUUCUGAUCCGCUCCACAAGUUAUUUCCCUAAGAAUAUCAAAUCCCAUGGAACCUGACUCCCAAGUUCCAGAACGGCCCUGGGGUCAGGGUGGGAAGAGGACCCCAAGUCCCACGGGGGUCCGUGCCUGCUCCCAGACCCUCAUCUUUUCUAUUUCCCUCCCCUCCCCACCCCCUCUCUCCAGGCUGUUUCUUUUUUUAUGACUGUAAACAAUAGAUAGUGCUUUAUUUUGUUAAUAAUAAGAUGAUGAGUAACUUAACCA